CCGCCUCCGGAGCCGCAGCCAGCCCAGCCCAGCCCAGCCCGCGCCUCUCCGAGCGAGUAAACACCGCCUGUCUUAGAAUGGAGAUUUCUUCCCACCAGUUCCACCUUCUGCAGCAGCUGAACGAGCAGCGCCGGCAGGACCUGUUCUGCGACUGCAGCAUCCUGGUGGAGGGGAAGGUCUUCAAAGCCCACCGCAAUGUGCUCUUCGCCAGCAGCGGCUACUUCAAAAUGCUCCUCUCCCAGGGCUCCAAGGAGACCAGCCAGCCGACCACCGCUACCUUCCAGGCGUUUUCCCCGGAAACGUUUUCGGUGAUCCUGGAUUUUGUGUACUCGGGCAAGCUCUCCCUCACCGGCCAGAACGUCAUCGAGGUGAUGUCGGCUGCCAGCUUCUUGCAGAUGACCGACGUCAUUAGCGUUUGCAAGACCUUCAUAAAAUCGUCCCUGGACAUCAGCGAGAAGGAAAAGGACCGCUAUUUCAGUCUCUCGGACAAGGAGGCGAGCUCCAACGGGGUGGAGCGCUUGUGCGUGUACAGCGCUGGCUGGAGGCCGGAGGCGAGUCCUCCCCGCUCCCACUUAAGCCCUGACCAAGGGACGUGCGUGGUCAACAGCAGCUCCUGGACGAACUUCAGCUAUUACCCGUCCACCCCAAGAGCCGCCCAGCCCCUGUCCAAACAUGACCAAAGACAGGAACCUCCGAAGAAAAGCAGGCACGUCGGGCUGCCCCAGCCGGCAGACGGGCCCCCCUACAAAUCGAGCAAACUGGAAGACCGGGCUCCGGAGCCGGCCGGCCGCCCCGCUCCCUCGGAAGAGGACCUCCAGAUGGAUUCGGAAGGGGACUCUUGUCCGCCAGGCUACCAGUACGUGCAGGGGGCUGACACGGUCCCGAGAGGCCUGGCCGUCUCUCAGCACGAGCACGAUUCUCCCCAUUCUGCCAGCAAGUCGAAGUCCUCCAAAGCCGAAGAGCAGUACCCCAGCAUGCCCUCGGUCUUGGGAGUCAUGGGGAACUGGGCCGAGGAUGACCUCCCGAGGAUGAGGUUCAAGUGCCCCUUCUGCACUCACGUGGUGAAACGGAAGGCAGAUCUGAAGAGACACCUCCGCUGCCACACGGGAGAGCGGCCGUAUCCAUGCGAAGCCUGUGGGAAAAGAUUCAGCAGGCUGGAUCAUCUGAGCAGCCACUUCCGAACGAUCCAUCAAGCUUGCAAACCCAUCUGCAGAAAGUGCAAGCGCCACGUCACCGAAAUGACGGGUCAGGUGGUCCAGGAAGGGACAAGACGUUACAGACUUUGCAAUGAAUGCCUCUCUGAAGCCGGGAUCGACAGCAUCCGCAUUGAUUUGGACACAGAACCGCCCCCGGAGUUCCCACUAGAAGAAGACAAAGAUUCCAACUGGAAUUACAGUGAAGACAACAGAUCCGACGUGGAAAUUGUAGAGGACGGAUCUACUGAUUUGGUUAUCCAGCAAGUUGAUGACAGUGACGAUGAGGCCGAGGAAAAAGAUAUAAAGCCCAAUGUUAGACUUGGGAAGCACUUCAAAAUAAAAGUGAACAACUUCAUAAAGCACGGCCAGCAGAUCCAAAGGAAUGUAAGUGGACAACGAUUCGUAAUCGUCCAGGAAGCACGCGCCUUCUCCAAAUCGCCGUUUGUUUAUUAAAAACAGUAAGUUUUCAAAACCAGUUUUGAUUCCCAGAUCUGUUUUCAGUGGACUUUUCUGUUGGCCUUGCACAUGGUAGAGCAACUAGCACUUUCCAGCUCCAGAACUGAAACACAAGGGUGGCACAGCGACUAUUCUCAACUUGCCUGUGUUCACACAUUCACUUCCUUCUCUUUAUGGAAGUGUUACACUGCACCAACACUCAGGGUUGAGGUGGGUCAUGACCUGCAUUUUCUCCUUUAGCCCAAUACUCUUUGGUGACAUGGAUACUUCACCCGAAUUUACAGGUUCUGUUCUGCUGUUUCCUUUUUCCAGUUGUUUAUUUUUUUCUUUAGUUUUCCUCUU